GUUCCAACUUUGGUAGCUUUGGUUAUGAUUCAUAGUAUGUGGGCCAUAUUUUCUCAUUACAAUAUUAGUGGAAAUAAGGUUUCAAUUAGUGUUCUACAAACCGAUCCCGAAUUGAAACCGCGGGGGAUGUUUGAGUAA